GUGGCAGACGCGGAAGGCUUGGGACCUUUCCUGCUGCAGACUGAGACGCCCACCUUUGCUGGUUCCCGCGCCGCGUGUGCCGCGCUCCUCGAAUCCCGCUGGACACACCGAGGGGCGAGGGCUCCGAGCCCGGGAGGGCGCCUCGGGCGGCGGCGCUGUCGACAGAAAGGACUUUUCCUCGGAGGUCGCUGCAAAGCGACAUGAGGGGCGGAUCCUGGCCUCGGGACCGUGAAACAGGCUCAGGGGCAGACAGUUAGGGGACUCUGCGGACGGUCGCCUCCGCCCAUCCCGGGCUCGUUCUAAACUCCGCGGGCCUCGGGCGGGCGUAGCGGACUGCGGGGGUGGGCGGGCGCGCGGCCGCAACAUGUUCCCGUGGAGGCCGCCGGCCGCCCUGGCCACCUGGCUGGCGGGCGCGCGGGGCGGGGGCCUGCUGGCCUUGCUGGCCAAUCAGUGCCGCUUCGUGACGGGCCUGCGCGUGCGGCGCGCGCAGCAGAUCGCGCAGCUCUACGGCCGCCUGUACUCCGAGAGCUCGCGCUGCGUCCUCCUCGGACGCCUCUGGCGCCGGCUGCGCGGCCGCCCCGGCCAUGCCUCUGCCUUGAUGGCGGCCCUCGCCGGUGCCUUCGUGUGGGAUGAGGAGAGGAUCCAGGAGGAGGAACUGCAAAGAUCCAUUAAUGAGAUGAAACGGUUGGAGGAAAUGUCACAUAUAUUUCAGAGCUCUGGAGUUGAAUGCCACCCUCCAGAACCAAAGUCUCAAGCAGAAGGUAUUGACAAUUCAAAAGACAAAGAGGACCCAUGGGAAAUGGUGAUGGACAAGAAACACUUUAAGCUGUGGCGACGCCCAAUUACAGGCACCCACCUUUACCAAUACCGAGUUUUUGGGACGUACACAGAUGUGACACCCCGGCAGUUCUUCAAUGUUCAGUUGGACACAGAGUAUAGAAAAAAAUGGGAUGCUCUUGUGAUCAAGCUGGAGGUGAUAGAAAGAGAUGUCGUGAGUGGUUCUGAGGUUCUUCACUGGGUCACCCAAUUUCCUUAUCCAAUGUACUCUCGAGAUUAUGUUUAUGUUCGGCGAUACAGUGUGGAUCAGGAAAACAAUGUGAUGGUGUUGGUGUCACGUGCUGUGGAGCACCCCAGUGUGCCAGAGUCUCCAGAAUUCGUCAGGGUCAGAUCCUAUGAAUCCCAAAUGGUUAUCCGUCCCCACAAGUCAUUUGAUGAGAAUGGCUUUGACUACUUGUUGACAUACAGUGACAAUCCCCAGACUGUGUUUCCUCGCUACUGUGUUAGUUGGAUGGUUUCUAGUGGCAUGCCAGAGUUCCUGGAGAAGCUGCACAUGGCCACCCUGAAAGCCAAGAAUAUGGAGAUCAAAGUGAAAGACUACAUGUCAGCUAAGCCCCUGGAGAUGAGCAGUGAAGCCAAGGCUACGGUCCCGUCCUCUGAGCGGAAGACUGAGGGUAGUUGUGGCCCAGCCCGGAUUGAGUAUGCCUGAGGAGCUCUGGGUUAGAAGGAAUAGGCAUUUCUAACCUUGCCUGUUCCUUGGCUCUGUGCUUGACUUAGGACAAGCCACAUGUACUAGAAGGCAUCUGCUGUAACUCCCAGUGCAAGAUAAUUCACUAGCUGGAGUCUGGUUUCAUUCAGAGCACUGUUGCUCUUCAUCAGACAAAGGACAGUGGCAUCAUGGAGGCACGGUCAUAUUCUCAGACCAACCAUUGUCAAAUUCAUUAUUUCACUGAGCUAAUUUGGAACAAACCUCUCACCUCAGGCCAGAAGGGGACAAUUUCUGUUUGCUUCCUCUGAGUAGUUCCUCGCUGACAUUCCACAUUCCACCAUUGGUUGUGCAGUGCUUUGGAUGUCCUUCGGCUCUGCAGGUCAGCUGGAAAGUGUGAUUGGCUGGUCAUGUCUCAAGGAGGGGUCACUGCGAAUACUCUUGGUAACAGUCUACCGGAUGGGUGUGAACGAUGUUUGGCCAUGUUAAGUGCCUUGUCCUCGCCUUUUAUCUUGAGGGACAUAAGAAGUUUAUACCAAGAAAUCCCCCCACAAAAUACUAUCACAUUGACUCACCUGACUCAGAGCAAUUUUUAUCUGAAUUGGAUUAUUGCCUCCUACAUAGCCUUAACCCAUUUGCCAAGAGCACUGGAGACGAGCUCUCAGACAAUAGUUUUCUAUAUUGAUGUUUUGAUAGGGUCAGUGAAAGUGCACAAAACAACACAUUUGAAAAUAAAUUAACUUUCUUUUUAACCUUUGAAUCAAAAUGGAAUUGAGGAGUUGCACGAUUUCUCUGUAGUCCUACUCUACUAUUUUAAAUAUACAGUUGAGACGCUUUUUUUUGUUCAGACCAUCUUUUCCCACCAUAGGUUUGACUUGUCCUUUUUAGAAGGCUAAAGACAGAGGAUGGAAGGGGUGGGGCGGUGUCCCUCUUGAGAACUCUUAGAACUGUAGGCAAGCUGAGUUGGGCCAAUAGAUUUGGAGUCUUGACCCAAGUACCUAAAUGGUGGAGAUGUGGUUUGUGUGACCCUUUAAAAAGUUUUUCCUCCUGUCUCCAGAGCUGAACUGAAAGCCAACCACAGUUAAGGUCACAACUGGAUGGUAUCAGAUUAGCCUUGCUGCCUUUGCUUUUGGCCAUGGUUGCAGUCUGCUGAGAGAAUAGGGAUCCUCUGGUGUUCAAGUAGCUGAAUUUUUUUUUUCCUGCUUGCUAACCUGUUGUGGUAGAAAAGGUUCUAAACCUGAGACUAAUUCAACCAUUUUUGACCAUCCCGUUGCCUGUUCAGUUUUGUGCCAAGGAAACAACUGCUGCAGUGUUUUCAUGAGUCUUCACUGAGUCAUUGGCAGAGCAGAGAGAUGUACUGAGCAGUGCCAGCAUCUUGCAUUGGUUCUCCCGAGGACCUGACAGAAACCAGGGGUGGGGUGGGGAUUCCUGAGUUAGAUCUGCAUUAGGCACCUGUGAUUGUGAAUGGCAUAUGUGUAUACAGAAGCAGUUUAUAUGCACGUGUGCACAGGUGCUAAAGCAGUUGUGGUUGCCUGUGUUCUGACUCAACGGUGAUUUAACUAUGUACAUUUACUUAUGUCAUUGUAAUGAUUUUGCUCCUGUGACAUUUUUAUCAAAUGUGAAAAUAAAACAUAAAGAUUGGUACAAAA